AUGGCUUUGACUGACAAACACAAAGUAAAACGCCAGCGGCUAGACAAAAUUUGCGAGGGUAUCCGGCCACAGAUCAUGAACGGGCCCAUGCACCCGCGUCCCCUGGUGGCGCUGCUGGAUGGACGCGACUGCACGGUGGAGAUGCCCAUCCUCAAGGACCUGGCCACCGUGGCAUUCUGCGACGCUCAAUCUACACAGGAAAUUCAUGAAAAGGUGCUAAGCGAAGCGGUGGGAGCUAUGAUGUACCACACCAUCACGCUGACCCGAGAGGACCUGGAGAAGUUUAAAGCGCUACGCAUUAUCAUACGCAUCGGCAGCGGCUACGACAACAUCGAUAUCAAAGCGGCCGGAGAACUAGGCAUCGCCGUGUGCAACAUUCCCUCGGCGGCCGUGGAGGAGACGGCCGACUCGACGCUCUGUCACAUUCUCAACCUGUACAGACGGAACACCUGGCUGUACCAGGCUCUCCGGGAGGGCACGAGGGUCCAGAGCGUGGAGCAGAUCAGAGAGGUGGCGUCGGGGGCGGCCAGGAUCCGGGGAGAGACGCUCGGCCUCAUCGGAUUCGGUCGCGCGGGGCAAGCGGUUUCGAUGCGGGCCAAGGCGUUCGGUUUCAACGUGAUCUUCUACGACCCGUACCUGCAGGACGGGCUGGAGCGCUCGCUGGGCGUGCAGCGCGUAUACACGCUGCAGGACCUCCUCUACCAGAGCGACUGCGUCUCUCUGCACUGCAACCUCAACGAGCACAACCAUCACCUCAUCAAUGACUUCACCAUCAAGCAGAUGCGUCAAGGAGCAUUCCUGGUGAACGCGGCGCGAGGGGGCCUGGUGGACGAGAAGGCUUUGGCACAGGCCCUCAAAGAAGGCAGAAUACGUGGAGCCGCCCUCGACGUCCACGAGUCGGAACCCUUUAGUUUUUCUCAAGGUCCCCUGAAGGACGCCCCCAACUUAAUCUGCACGCCACACACCGCCUGGUACAGCGAGCAGGCGUCGCUGGAGAUGCGCGAAGCCGCCGCCACGGAAAUUCGACGAGCCAUCACGGGUCGUAUCCCCGACAGCCUGCGAAAUUGCGUCAACAAAGAGUUUUUUAUCACCUCGGCGCCCUGGGGUGUGAUGGAGCAGCCGCAACCUCACCCGGAGAUCAACGGCGCCGCCUACAGGUUCCCUCCUGGCGUGGUGGGGGGCGUAGCGCCCGGCGGAAUCCCCCGACCGCUUGAGGGGCUUCUGCCCGGCGGAGUGCCCAUCGCCCACACGCUGCCCCCGGGCACCCAUGCGUCCCAGGCCACCUCCCCCAACCAGCCCUCCAAACACGGCGACCCCAGCAGAGAGCACAUGAGCGAGCCGUGA